CCGGAGCACUCAUAACUACUUGCUGGAAGCAAUAUUAUUCAACGGAAUGAAAUGCUUAUAAUGCGGUGAUGUUGCAACCCCAAUGUGUAAACAGUUACGCUGUCGAACCAGCUGAGUGUUGCAUUGUUAUUGAUUUUUCACGAGUAGCGAAACAUUGGCCACUUAGUACCAAUAAACAUGUUACGAAGUGCGAACACGGGCACAAUCUUGUGCGAGGAACAAUCGAAGUUCAUCCUGGAACGAAUCAGUACCGUUGAGAAACAUUUUAGUGAUUUAUGCGGAGCAUUUGCCGAGUUUACGAGAAAGGUAGCGCGAUUACGUGACAAGUCGGAUGAAUUGGCCCACGUUACCCAGGAUUAUUCCGAAACGGAAAAGUACAACAAAUCACUAGCAAACGGAUUGUCCAGCCUGUCCAAAGCAAUAACGUUGAUUGGCGAUUUUCAAGAUUUAGAGGUAAAGCGGUUAGAGAAUCGUAUUGUUUCGGAGCUUUCCCAGUAUGAAAUUGUCUGCAAGCAUUGCAAGGAUAGUGUGAAGGAUACGAUCCUGUCGCGCGACAAGGAGCUCACUAGAAGAAAGCAACUGGACCAAGCCAGGUUGCGAAAUGUUAGGGGAAAAAAGACGGCCAAAGAUGCCGAAUUGAUUAAAUCCAAUCUGGAGCUUUCGAAAAACCUGAAAGAGAUGGAAGAAAUUGUUGGCAGAUUCGAGAAGCAAAAACUGGCGGGCUUAAAAAGCCUUCUAAUGGAUUUCGUAAUGAUUGAGCUGAAGUUUCAUACAAAUGCCAUCGAAGUACUGUCCGCAACUUAUCAGGACAUCUCGGAUAUUGACGAAAACCGAGACUAUCAGGGAGUACACAAAGAAAUCAAACGGCAAAAUAGGCAAUUCAAGAAAUUUCUUCAGCAAGAUGAACAAUCCGACCGAUAUUUCCUUCAGCGAAUUAAAUCGCAAUCUAUGGGUGCGCUGAGUUCGAUGUUUGCUGCAGCUUCGAGCGGAAAUCGAAGAAAUAAGAGUUUGAGCUCAACGUCUUUAAAUUCAUCCCAAGAGCAGGAAAAACAGGCUGAAGGAACAGCCGUCGCUGAGGGUUCUGAACAGCAGGAACCACCGAAACCCGCCAGUCGCAAUCGCAAAACUAACGAGGCUUCCAAACAACGAUCGAUGGAAUCAUUGGACUUGAUGAAACACAAGCCUUCGGAUGAUGAAUCGAAAUCCUCUACAGUGGAUAGUGACAGCGAUGACGACGAUACAGACACCGGGACGGAUUCUGACGAACAGGAAGCAAAGCCACGCCCACAGAUUGCAAAGGUUAACCCUAAGGUCGAUCGAAAAGUAACUGUUAUAAAGCUAAAAGAUUACUAAAAAAAUACCAAAAAAGUUUAUAAGCUAAUAAUUUCAAAAGACACAUUUCACAGAACUCUGAAGAACCUUCCAGCUUACCAAUCAAUAUUCGAACCCCUGUGACAACAUAUUUUAUUAAAUCGAUCAAUGGAAUCGUUCGGAACAUGAAGCUAUGACUUCGCCUGAAGAAUGGACUGAGCAGCAGUAAUUUAUAUUUCAUUUACUUCAUUCGUGCCACCCCUGAUUUUUGUUUAGGAUGUAAAUAAAAAUGCGCCUGUUAAAUCGAUAACUUUUUUCUCGUCGACUUAUUCUGACUGAUUGUGCCAAUUAAAACCUUUUCCAAGU